AUGGACCCACGAGGAUCUGGCCCCGGGUCUAAACCCAGACCUAGACCCGGACCUGGAAUUGGACCAAGCUCUGUGUCUCUGAAAAGUGACCACUCCAGAGACAUUGGUCCUGAGUUCAGAGAAGAUGGUCCUGAAGAUCAGAGGGAUCCAGGUCCAAAGGAGCCGCUGGACGCCAUCUUGAGGCGUCUGCAGGAGGACGUGGUGACUUUUGUCAAAGAGCAGCUGCAGAGGAUCCAAAGGCUCCUGGCCUCAGAUUACCCAGAAUGCUCUGAGAGUGGGGAGGAGAGCAGAGAGGUUCUGAAGAUCGCCCUGGACUUCCUGAAGAGGAUGAAGCAGGAUGAGCUGGUCCAGCGCCUGCAGAGCAGUAAGAACUCUCUGUGUCUGUAG